AUGGGCAAUGCCAUGAGCAGUAGUAAUUCGACAUUGCCAAGAAAGGAGACACAAAAUCGCUCUGGACGGUAUCGAUCCACAAUACACGAUCAGCUAGAUUAUACCGGCCCGAAGCGGUGUUUCUUCGAAGAUGAACUUGUUUACAGUCACAGUGGGCACGAAGAAUCCGAAAGUCAGCAACCACGUAAUCCCGAAAAUUCACGCAUGUUGUUCUUACUCUAUCUCAUCCAUCGAACAUGGAACGUGAUGGUAGACAGUGUUGAUCAGAAGGGUAAAAAAGGGCGACUGGGCCUUGCCAACUCAGAGGACUCUGGAGCUCCGAGAAGCCUAAACGAUGAAGGCUUCGAUACUGAACACUAUCUUACUGACUUCGAUGAUCAAUCAAGUUUGUAUGACUCCCGGUAUUCGUGUUGCACCUGUAGUUACUGUGAAGAAGAAUCGGACCGUAGCCAUUUCGACAAUGUUGCUUGUAACCGUUUUUCAUUCUGUGAAAGUGAUCUGUCUUAUUGCCUGUACCAGAUGGCGCCAAGCGCUGGAAAGAAUUCCCCAGAUGGGACACAGAUAGGCCCUCCAGAUGAGACGCUGGGAUGGAACGGAAAUACCAAGCAACAGGAAAACCAGCGUCCACCAGUAUUUAACCCUGAGGACUAUGUAAUUUCCCUCAAAAAGUUCGGACGCAGAGGGUCGAAUGGAAAUUUCAAAUCAAUCUACGAUACCACAAACACCGAGGACGCACCAAAGCCAACCAAAACCGUUAAUAAUGUUCGCUCGCAGACAUUACCGCACAAACACUCAGACUACCGUUCCCCGAUUCCGACACCACCAGAAACAGAAGGAGAAAUGUCCCUGCGGCAGUUCGGUUCUGUCACGGACCUUCUCACCAAACUGCGUGCUGAUCUUCGGGCGUCAUUUCCAAGCUUUGUACAGGAGCUCGUUUCAAGCCCCUUGGAUGGCGUCAGUUUGUUGCUGGAAGUUUUGCGCGCAAUUCAACUCAGUCAAAAUGCACCGCUUAAUGGCGCCACAACGAUGCCCUCUGGUGGCAUUCCUCGGAACAACCAAUCAUAUCAAAGGCGCGCGUUACUGGAUGAGCUGGCUUGUUUACAAUGUUUGAGUAUCUGCUGCACGAGAAGUCCGGAAGCCGGGAUACGCUUGGGUAUUACGCCGAUAGGGUUACUUCCCUUGGCGGCAGCAGCCACCGGCACGGGAAUACGAUCACGCAUCGUGGCCCUUCAGCUUCUCACGAUCGCGUGCGAUAGAGCUGGCUUAAACGAUGGAACGCAACGCAACCAGCACCACGGACAUACGGCCGUUUCGGAGGCGCUCUCGACACUUCGCCUGCGCUGUGCUGAACCUGUCCGAUUUAGGCUACUCGUGGGGAUGUUGAAUAGUAGCGGUGGUUCCGGUGAGCUACAAGCUGUCGGUAUGAGGUUCAUCAACACCUUCCUCGAAAGCUCGGACAACACUCAAACGCGCCUGUACCUGCAAGCCGAGUUAUUCCAGGCCGGACUCGACCCGUCACAGAUGUGUAAGUCCAUCUCGUCAACGUCGCCCUGGAUGGAGCGACUUCGAGGGGAAGUGAAACGAUGGGAUGCCAUACGAAUUGAUAUUGAGCAGUUGCAGCUGCAGGCCCGCUCGGCCGAACAGGUUCGAAGUCGCUUGGUCAUCUUGGAGCGUCGAGUACAAAUCCUGCACGAAGAGAAAACCGUCCUGACCACCAUGGAGAGAAGACUGCAAGAGCGCUGCGCUGAGCUCCAGCGAGAAGUGCUACGUCUGAAGGGUACCGUCAGCGGUACUGGCGAUGGAUCCAAAGCCCACGAGGGCUCAGCUAACUCAGCCAGUCUAGAGAAACGGCCAGUCGCUCUGCCACGCCAGGUACCUCCGCAAGCGAAGCGAAACAACUCGUCCGAGAACGACGACGAAGGUAUAAGCAGCUCCGAGACCGGGCAAUCGUCAACUCCCGAGCCACCACGGUUAUUUCCAGCCAAGGAUGGAGGUUCUAGUGCGGGAUCGCACAAAUUUAGCAUCUCCCUGACGCAGGAAAGCACCGUACCGAUCCACGAGCUGAACGGUAAUGUCGAGGAUGACACAAACGCUACGAUCGAGGAUGUGAUCGAAGAGCUGCAGAACAUCGUGAACGACGCGGAGCGCGAAAUAUCCGACCAGAACGAGGUUCUUUACCAGCAAAAGGACGACAUUCCUGAGCAUGCACUGUACAGCCUGGAGAUUUCCAAUGAACACGAGAUCGUACCGGUGAAUCUGUUGCCGCAGCCUCCGCGCAAAUCGCGAUCCCUGGCGCACCUGAUCUCGAACCCUUCCGACGGCGAAGGGUCCGGGUACGAUUUGAUGCUGGCCAACAACGAAACCAAGGUUGAUUUUUUUGACGACGACGAAACGGGUUCCGGUAAAGUGAAGCUUCCGUUUGGCGAUGGUGAUGGUGGGGCCAACGGCUUCUUUGAAGCAAAGGCGGUGGGAUUAUUGCCCGCGGUAACUUCCCAGGAGACUGAACCGUGCGCAAUCACGAGCCCGGAUGUGGUCCACUCUACCGUCGAUGGUGCCAUCUCGGGCGUAGCGGUCCUUCAUCACUCGCGUAGUCGUCACCCUUCAGCGAAAGACUCCAACCGGGCCAUACUCAACGUUAUAAUGGACGCACGGGACAAGGAAUCGCGUUUGUUGCGAGCACAAUCUUUGGAGCGUGACCAGCACCCUGGGCAGCCGGUGGCUCCACAGCAAUUUAACGGGGUGUUUUUUAUGACCGACAUGAACAGUGCCGGCAGGUAUCCGAAACCGGACAUCACGGCGGCACUGGAAGCAAAGAAGGUCACGAAAAACCUCGAUCGCAUGGGUGCUUAUGGCGUCGAUUCCAUGAUCGAUAUUGUUAUGACAAACGAACAACGGCUGAGCAAAGCGAACGCGUACGCAAAAUCUCGCAUGGUUGCAGCUUCAGGACCUCCAAAUCCGGCAAAGGGCGCAAUGCCAAGCAAACUGACCGGGAACAACAACUUCAAGCUUCGACCAAACACUAGCUCCUCGCAACUACCCUGCUUCACUGUUGGUUCUGCGAUGGCACGCGAAGCAAGUCGUAGUCAGACGAACUUCGGUGGUUCCAAAGUGACAGACUUACCAUCUGGAUUGUACUGA